UAUAUUACCAUAGGGGCGGAACUCUUCUACUGCAGCGCUGUUUCCACCGGGAGCAGAAAGUUUGUUGCACAGCCUCGACCAAACGAUUCCCUAACGAUACGAAACAUCAACAACCAGCAAACACAAGAGAGAAAUAGAAAAAAAAAACAAAAAACGGCAGCGUCACUGUGUGUUUACUGUCGGGUAAAUGUUGCUGGAUGUUCUGAGCAGGAAAAACUCAAACUUAUAGGAGUUCUAAGCCUAGUUUCGUUGUCGUGUUGCCUGGUGUGUGUGAAGAGCAGUCACUGACGGAGCAGACAUGGCGAACAGCGGCGCUGCAGUAGACAUGGAUCCAGAUGUUGCUCGGAGGCUGUUUGAGGAGGGAGCUACCCUGGUGCUGCUGGGUGUCCCUCAGGGUACAGAGCUGGGGAUUGACUGCAAGAGUUGGCAGGUCGGUCCCCGCUUCAAGGGUGUGAAGAUGAUCCCCCCAGGCCUGCACUUCCUCCACUACUGCUCUGUCAACCAGCCAAGCUGUGGAGGAGAAAUUGGCCCGAGGACAGGCCUCUUCCUCACUCUCAAACCCAGAGACAUCCUGCUGGCCAGGUGGGAUCCCAAAGAAGAAGAUCUGGACUUCUCUGCCUCCCAGAAUGAAGAGGAGGUGAGCCGGAUCAGGGCGACGUUGCGAGACCUGGAUCCUUUUCUGGGGCCCUAUCCGUACGAGGUGAUGAGGAAGUGGGUGUCCCUCACUGACCGUCUGAGCGAGGAGGUGGCCAAUAGCUUGCAGCCUCUUUCCGGUCGAAUAUGUGCCUUCAGUGACGUCAUCCCAGAGGUUCAGCUCAGGCACACCAAAGACAGGGCAGAGCAGCCGAGGAAUGACACCGCCUGCCAGAGCAUGAAAGAGGGACUGGACAGGCUGCCCAGGAUGAAACCGAGGGAGGGGACGGAGUUGCGCUUCUCUGCCAUCCCCCAGAAGACCUACCCUCCUGGGGCUACACCGGCCGAGAUCACCCAGUGCAGCCUGGACCUGAGCUACGCCCUGGAGACUGUGCUGGAGAAGAACCAUGAGCUGCAACCUCUUAAUCUGCUAGGUGAGCUGCAGUUUGCCUUCGUGUGUUUCCUGGUUGGAAACGUGUAUGAGGGCUUCGAGCACUGGAAGAGCCUCCUAGCGCUGCUGUGUCGAUCAGAGGAGGCAAUGCGAAAACGCAAGGAGCUCUACCUGGGGCUCAUUGCCGUGCUUUACCACCAGCUCGGAGAAAUCCCACCUGACUUCUUUGUUGACAUCGUGUCUCAGGAUAACUUCCUCACCUCCACGCUGCAGGACUUUUUCCAGUUUGCCAAUGGGCCUGGUAUGGAUGGCACACUGCGUAAGAGAGCAGAGAAGUUCAAAGCUCACCUGACCAAGAAGUUUCGCUGGGACUUUGAUGCAGACUUGGAAGACUGUGCACCUGUGGUGGUAGAGCUGCCUGAAGGUGUCACAGUGGACUGAGACUACUAUGGUCUCCACCCCGCUAACUUCCAUAACAGGACUGAAAUAAUAUGACGCUAUAGGAGAGCAGUGAAGCCUGGUAUUUGAUACGGGAUUAAGAAGUUCUCAGAAGGCUUCAGGACCCGUAAACAACCGGGCCACUGCAGUGUCUCAGUCCUCUGAAUGACCAGAUGCUCUUAGUUUCAGUUACACCAGUUCUCAUAACACUUAUUACAUGCAGGCUGAAGAACAUCUUCUUAUAUAUGUACGAAAUUUGUACCCUGUUAUGAAGAAAGCAAACACCUUAUGAAGUGUUUACUCAUGGCACAGCUGCAUUAUACUAUAUGUCAGUGGUGCCCUCUGCUGGUGGUUUUCUGUAAGCUCAGUGUUGCUGUUGGCACUUUCAGAACCACAACUGCAACACAUUUAUUGCCAAAAUCACCCCCGUAAUAUUUUAAACCUUACUGUAGUUGGUGAUUUUAUUAAUGGCUACGCUAAGAACUGUAACCUUAAUAUCACCUAAACUUGAUGAGAAUUCUAGAUAUACUCUAUUUUACUAGAAGUAAACAGAUGUAUAGUAUUGUGCGACGGUAGUGUUUCUAUACCUCAUAUAUUGAAAAUGAAUAACACUGUAUGUUGAUGAAUUCCUUUUGCUGCCACACUGUUUAGAAAAAAAAGUCUUGGUUCAUAAUUGUAAAUUAAAAGACCAGAAAUUCAGAAAUGUUCUUAAACUAAGUUUUGUUCUUUUCUAUGAUUUACUGGAUCCAACUUUAAUAAAAACAACACAUUUGGUACAAAAUA